AUGUGGAAGAACACUGUGAAGGCCAUCUUUGCUGAUCUUUGCCUAAGCAAGGAGGAUGAGGCCGGCAUGGAGACUCGUGUCAUGGGCGGCGGUGCCUUCAACGCUGCGGACAAUGUUGUCCAGCAUAACGUCUGCGGAAGUGUCAGCAUCCCAAACGUCUACGCCUCUGAAUAUGGAAAGGUCUACAAAUCUUGCGGCACGUUCGGUGCUUGCAAACGUGCCAUCACGAUUGAGGGAGACUAUUCUUACGGCGACGGUGAGGUUACUGGCAUUAAUGAGGGGACCGGCGACGAGGCGACUCUUGUCAACCUCUGCACUGACGCCAAGACCCCAUGCCAACUAUACAAAGGUCCUGGUAAGAAGUCUGGCUCAUGCUAG